AUGAAUUGUAGUACAAUAUGCAGCUCUGGUAAUCACGAGGGAGAUCUUCGAAUGUUCCGUGGACGAGUACAAAUCACUUCAAAUUGUGCAGAUGAGAAUCUUAAUUCUAAAAUUCGUUCGUUUGGGUUUCCCUGCUCGCGAAAACGCACCCUACAAAUAACACCAAAUUUUUGUGAAAAUAAAUGGAAGGCUGUAAAAAUGGUUGUCAUUACAACUGGAGCAUAUUUUAUCAUAUGGUUUACCUAUUUUGUGACCUAUACAUUCUAUGCAUUUUCCGAUGAUAAUUGUGAAAAUCUUGCAUACAUGAUUGGUAGACCAAUGGCAAUGCUAGGAUUGAUCAAUAGUUUAACCAAUACAUCAUCAUUGACGUCAAUUUUCAGUAUCGGACUUAUAGCAAUCGAUCGAUAUAUUUACAUUCUUUAUGGCCUUCACUACUACAGAUACAUCACAACUCGACGUUCACGUUUGAUGGUAUUAUUGGCUUGGUUGAUUAGCGCAUUGUUUGGAUUCUGGCCCGGAUUUUGUUGGCGAAGUAAAAUGAACGGAGGAUCAUGUUGUUUUAUAUCACUAAUUCAGCCAAAGCUAUGGGUCAUUGUACCAUCAUUGGGACUUAUUCCAAUGAUCAUCAUUGUCGUCUUGUACGGGAUUAUUUUGAAAAACGCUUUAAAUAGUCGAUCUCGGAUGAAAAUAAGCAGUCUUGAAAAUCAUGACGGAGAUAUGCGAAUGUUUCGUGGACGAGAAAAUAUUACAUCAAACUAUGCAGAUGAUAAUCUUUCAUCUAGAGUUCGAUCAAUUGGUUUUUUAUGCUGUCGCAUCAGCACCCUUGAAAUAACACCACUCUUGUGUGAAAACAAAUGGAAAGCAGUAAAAAUUGUUGUCUAUACAACAGGAUCAUACAUAAUAACAUGGUGUCCAAUCUUCGUGACAUGUGUUUUGUAUGCCUUUUGUGAGAGGAACUCAUCUUGCCCGUAUUGUCAACAUAUUGCAUAUUUAUUGAGAAAUCCAUUUUCAUUGCUAACUCCAUUGAAUAGUUUGUUGAAUCCUGUAAUUUAUGCCUGGUGGCAUCCUGGUAUUCGGGAAAAUAUCAAGAAAACUUAUAACAUGUUACUAUUGAAAGUAUUUCAAAAAAGAAAAUCUUCAACUUGUUCGGAAACCAAAAUUCAUUCAAACUCUUCUAUUAAGCAAAUUGGACAGGAAAAUUUUGACAAUGGACAAGAAUUGCAUUGA